GACAAAGACUUAAGGAAAAGAAAAAUGAUCUUUCUUUUAUUCAUUUUUUGUUUUGUUUCGGACUUUUCUUUGUGUAUAGCUUUAUUCAAACCCACGACAGACAGCAGCAGACAGAAGGAUGGAGUUAAGAUGUGGACUUUUAUUGGCCGUACUAGUGGCUUUAACGUCCGGACAAAUCCCUCCCCGGCCUAAUAUUGUGAUCAGUGGAGUACCCUGCACCCAGUCGGACAUCAGCAACAUGAUAGGUAAGUGUAUGAUCAAGUUCUCCCGCGGCCACGGUCCAGCGGUCAUGGUCAAGAUGAGGAAAAGUCUUCAGUGCGAGACGUCUAUGAUAAACUGCACAGCUGUGAUGGAAACCAGAGUUUGUCUAGCAAAUCUUGGUCCACAGGAGUUGUCUUCACCAUGCCGCCCUUACAUUGACACCGUGUCUGACCAUCAGUUUGGUCUGUUCAACUUGCCCUGUCACGUCCGGCAUCUUAAAGCCCACUGCAUGGAUCUGUUUAUAAAGAAUGGGCUGACACAAUUUUGAGAAACAGACGGUGGCCAGUGUGAUUUCUCUGCAGAAUCUUUGUCAGUUUUAUGUUCAACGUGUCUGCCAAUGGUUUUAUGUUCAACGUGUCUGCCAAAGGUUUUAUAUUCAACGUGUCUGCCAAUGGUUUUAUGUUCAACGUGUCUGCCAAUGGUUUUAUGUUCAACGUGUCUGCCAAUGCUGUGAUGUUCAACGUGUCUGCCAAUGCUUUUAUAUUCAACGUGUCUGCCAAUGGUUUUAUGUUCAACGUGUCUGCCAAUGGUUUUAUGUUCAACGUGUCUGUCAAUGGUUUUAUGUUCAACGUGUCUGCCAAUGCUUUUAUAUUCAACGUGUCUGCCAAUGGUUUUAUGUUCAACGUGUCUGUCAAUGGUAUUAUGUUCAACGUGUCUGUCAAUGGUAUUAUGUUCAACGUGUCUGUCAAUGGUUUUAUGUUCAACGUGUCUGUCAAUGGUUUUAUGCUCAACCUGUCUGUCAAUGGUUUUAUGUUCAACGUGUCUGUCAAUGGUUUUAUGUUCAACUUGUCUGUCAAUGGUUUUAUGCUCAACACAAUGACAGUUUCAACGACAUGAUUUUAGUUGCAGUAAACUUUAGUUCAAUGUGUCAUGUUAUUAUGUGGGUUCAGCAACAACUCAAUCCAAUAUCUAUUAUACGUUGACAUAUCCUUAACUCUUUUUCUCCGUAAUUAUUUACCAUAUUCUGGUAUCGUCAGUUAGGAGAGAAAGAGUUAAUGUACGAACAAAUAAAAAUACUUUACUCAUUAA